AUGCCGACAUAUUUCACUGCUAAUCGUCAUGGCUAUGCUGUGCGAUUCUCAAAGUUUUCACCUGAUCGGCUUAUCGUUGCUGCCAGUCAAUUUUAUGGACUUGUGGGUGCAGGAACACUUUAUGUCUUAGAUUUGAUAGAUGACGAAGAGAAUUUCUUAGAGACAAAAACUUUCCAGUGGAGUGAUGGAUUAUUUGACGUCGUUUGUUCAGAGAAAGAUCCAAAUAUUGUAAUUUCAGUGUCUGGAGAUGGAACUUUGCAGUUGUGGAAUUUGGAAUCCAUGAGUGAUGAUUCACCUUUAAAUAACUUGCCUCAAAUGAUCUACAAAGAACAUCGUAAAGAAGUUUACAGUAUUGACUGGGUAAGUGUACGAAGUGACAAUUUUAUUUUGAGCGCAAGUUGGGAUUGUACCAUCAAAAUUUGGGAUCCAAAUUCCACAACAUCUUUAUGCACAUAUGCCGGACAUUCGAAAUUAGUUUACAAUGCAAUGUUUUCCCCUUUAAUUCCUAACACUUUUGCUUCUGUUUCAGCUGAUGGUUAUCUAAAGAUUUGGAACAUGUUUAACAAAGACCGUCCAAUUGCAAGUUUAAAAUCUCACGAUGGUGAAAUUUUAACUUGCGAUUGGUGUAAAUAUGAUCAAAAUAUUUUAGCAACAGGUUCAUCUGAUGGACUGAUAAGAGGCUACGAUAUCAGACACUUUGGUGUUCCAAUGUUUGAGUUGAAAGGUUGCGAUUAUGCUGUUAGGAAAAUUCAAUUUUCUCCGUUCGACAUUAGUACAAUUGCUUCAGUUGGAUUUGAUUAUUACACGAGAAUUUGGGAUUUUAAUCGCACAAACGAACCACUCGAAUCAAUUAAGCAACAUACAGAAUUUGCUUAUGGACUCGAUUGGAAUCCUUUGAGAAGAAAUCAACUUGCUGAUUGUGGUUGGGAUUCACUCGUCAAUGUGUUUUAUGGGGGUUUAACCUAGUUUAGUGAUUAAUAAUUUUAACAGCUAUAUCUGGUCUUCUGUUUUAGUUCAAAUGCAUGUAAUUUCUGCAUGUUUAUUCGAUUUUAUUUUAC